GGGAGGGGAGGGGAGGGGAGGAGUUUCUCACCUGUCUCAUCCGCAAUAUCACGCAAGGAAUGCCAAGAGCAUUGACCUGCAAAUAAACUGCCAUCGGACGGAAUAAGAAAAAGAGGGAAUGGGCCAGAGUCACGAAACGGACAGAACAUGAGCAUCACUCGUUGAUGGCCGGUUGACGACGGAUCGGAGAUGCAGCCUUGAAGGGGAGUGAACAGAUGCAGGCGGAUAUUCUCGGCGCCUGCUUGACAUGGGCAGCAGAGCAUCCAUCUUUGUAGCGAGCAUGAAAUUUGGCAAGGGCGAUUCACUGUGGGCAGGCAUGAUUUUCUGGAAAUAUAUUGCACAGUCGACCACGACCAGUCCACUAGAGCAAUAAACUACUGUUAAACCAAAAGUGAAAGACACAUGUCCUGGACUUAUCGAAAGAUCUAGUCGCCAUGACUACUCCUUGACCGGGUCCCGGCCCCCUGGGAAAGGAAGGGAGUGGAGACGGGACGAGGAGACAUUACUUGUGCGAGAGGUGAGGGGACGGGAUGCAGAGGGGUGUGGAUGGAGAAGCAUGGCAAUAUAGGCUCGAUCCCGAGAUGGCGAACUUAGAUCUACUGACAUUGUCUGCCUGAAUGCUCCUAAGACGAGGACAGCUUUGAAACGAUUCGCUCAAGUCUGAUACAGAUAUUUCAAACCCCCCACAGCAGGUUCGGAUAAAGAGCUCUCGAGGUCAAGCGACACAACUCGAUCUGCUGGGGCUGUAGAUCUCUCGGUUCUGGUUCGGAUUUCGGAGAUCUUGAGAGAACUGCUCGCUGCUAAUUUCAUCCUUGUUUGAACCUUCGCAACCAAUUAUGCCGGUCUUUACGCACGAGAUGGAGCUGGGAAUCUCGGGUGCCAGGUAUUGGGCAUCCGUGAAAGAUCAUACUGCAGUGUUUCCCAAAAUCCUUCCAGAGGAGAUCGCCAGCAUGAGAUUCAUCCAAGGCGCAGGGGAGCUCGGAUCCGUCCGUAUCACUAAAUUUGGCCCUGUAGCUCCCGAAGGUUCAUACGUUAAGGAAAAGCUGGUAGGCCUUCAACCACAGAAGUUAUGUGUGACCUGGGCUGAGAUCGAAGGAGGCCAUCUCACCCAAGGUUUCAGCAAAUGGAUUUUUGCCAGCCAAGUGGUGGCCAUCGAUGACACCAAGUGUAAACUGAAGUUCACCAUUGAGUAUGACGGCGGUGACCUAGACAACAACGAAGGCUUCAUUGACGAGACCAAAGAAAUGUUGACAAGGUCGUUCAGACUCUUGGAACAAUAUCUGAAGCAAAACCAAGCUCAGGUCACCGCUACCGCUUAGAAAUGAGUUCUCUCUUCAGAAGUGAGAUCUCGAUUGUCUGUAGAUAUUUUAAUAGACUAUGUCUGCUCCCGCUAUGGAGCCGCUCGGCUACGGGUAACAUCGCAGAUGCUUUCGUCUACUUUCGAAAUAUAUAUUAUGAAAUUGCCAAUCAUAAAAAAAAUCAAAAUUUUA